GCGCCGCCUCGGGACUUCCGGGCUGCAGCUCGCCGCUAGCUCCCCAGGUCGUGCGCUCGGGAUGCUCCUUCUGGCGGUGGGCGGCCGGGGGGCUGCCGAGCUAGGGCUCUGCGGAAGGAGGACGGUGCCUUGGGUCGCCGCCGCGCUUCGACGCCCCGGGGCCGUCCUCGGGCGCUCGGCGUCUUGCAGCGGCCCCUCGGGGCAGGUCGGCGGCGGGAGCGCGGGGCCGUCCGGAGCCGUUCGGUGUCUCCCGCGGCCCGUGCGGGCCAAGGUACCCGUUUCUUGGAGAAGAUGUGUUCGAUGCUUACAUGCGCAGCCUGAAAAGUCAGAAGGAGGAAGGCUGAUUUACACAGGGAAUCUGGCUCGAACAGUAUUUGGUGUGAAGUGUUUCUCUUAUUCUACAAGUUUGGUCAGCCUGGCAUGUCUACCUUAUAUUUUGGCUCAAAAUAAUAUUAUAUUUGGAAGUCUGCCUUUGCAAAUCUUAUUUUAUGGCGUUAUAGGAAGCUUUACAGUGAUCACCCCAGCAUUGCUUCACUUCGUCACAAAAGGCUAUGUCAUACGGUUGUACCACGAGACCACAACAGACACUUAUAAAGCUGUUACUUACAGUGUUCUGCUUUCAGAAACAAAUACAGUGUUUCAGCAGAAAGAUGUGAAAGUCCCAAACAGCACACAUGUGUUCACCACAUUUUAUGCGAAAACAAAAUCACUGUUAGUUAAUCCAGCGCUCUUUCCAAACCCUAAAGACUAUGACCAUCUAAUGGGCUACGACAAACCAUUUACUUUUGACAUGGAAGAAACCAGUGAAAAGCGAGAACUUAAAGAUGAUAAAUGAAUGUUUUAUAUAUGUUCCUAAGUAUUAUCUAAUGUAUAAUAAAGCUGUCUUUACCUUU